UAUUGAGGGAAAAUACUUUGUUAAGGUAUUUUUUUGUGUGCAAUAAUGUUCUGAUGUUUGUUGUAUUGAAAAUCAUGUUAGCUUUGAUCAGAUCUGACUCAUAGUGAUUGUGUGAUCAUUUAGUUACCAACUAUGUUGAUUAUGAAAAUUGUUCAUGGAUGUUGGAAUGGUGCUAGUUACACAUUUGCAUGUCAUGGUUUAUUGAAAUGCCAGUUAGGAAGAAAAGACAAUGUGUUUUUACAUAUAAUCAUUUACAUAUUGUGAACUGCAGUUUCAUAUCAUGUAAAAUUUGCUUUAGUUUCUGUUUUAUAUAUUGAUGUUUUGAUGUUACAGAUUUGUAUUUCUAUUGGAUAAACUUUUCAUUGUUUUUAAUGCAGAGUAGUUUAGUUAUAGUACCUAAUAGGUUGAUAGAUUCAAUGGAAGUGUGUUCUUCUGUUAAUGACAAGCAUGGGAGUUGCAUAAGUAGUCUUGAACUCACUUUUAGUGAGUCGUUACAUAUACAAGAUUCUGAAAAAUUGGAGGAUGCAUCUAAGGGGCAUGAGAUAUGCAAUGUAGUAGAGGAAAACGAGGUUAUUAAACCGAAGGAAGCAAAACUCAACGCGGUGUCUUUGAAAAAAUCGGCUACCUUUCCAAAUCCUCGCGAGACAGCAUCUGUUACAGAAUCACCUUCUGAGCAUUCUGUCCAUCAAGCGUACUCUCGUUCGAUAAUUCUUGUGUUAUAUUGGUAGUGUUAAUAAUGCUUAUGUCUAUAGGUUAAUGCUAUUUGAUAUACAUCACAGGCCCCUUCGGAACUUAAAUCUGCCAUGAAAGGUAGUCGUGAUAAAAACGGGGAAGGGCAUGUGAAAUUGACAGUGAAAUGGGCUGCUGAUGUGUAUGAUCCAAUACCUACAUUAGUGUCGCAUACUGUCAAAAACAAGAAACAGCCGAAGUCCAAGAAGAAGAAGAAUGAAAAGAAAAGUUUGAAGAAAGGUAACAAGGGAAAUUCAACUCGAGGGAGCAAUGGCAAAGAUAAAGAUAAGAAACAGUCUCGCAACCUUGGUGAACAUUCUGAACUGUGCUAUGAGUUGUCGGAUUCUCAAGUUAUUGAAGGUUCUUCUGAUUUUGCCUCUGUUGAUGUUUGUAGCCAAGAUUCAAACUGCGGAGCUAGUUUCUUGAAAAAAUCAGUUACAGAAAUGCAUUACUCGGUUGCGGAAGCACAAUGAGUAAUAUGUCUAGAAUGCUUUAUCCUAUUUCCUUCGAUGUGCAUAAAUAAAAUUGUGUCAUAUGUUAGCUCGUAUAUAUAUGGUGAAAAGACUUGAUUGUAUGGUGUGAGAUUUUUGUACCCUUCAAAGGCAGUUUUUCUACAUAUCAGCUUGGUGAUCAGGAACAUAUUUUUGUUUGUAAUAUGGAACAAGCUUUUUGUUUUGAGGCA